AUGGAUUCUGCUUACAAUAAUCCCAUAAGACAAAGAAUUAAUAAAAUUUUCGAUAGUCAUAUACUAUCUGAUAAUACAGAUGCAUUACAUUCUGUGUCUGGAUUUUGUUCAACAAAUUCUGCAUACACAAGGCGAGUUAUCGUAAAUGAAAUUGAAAAAAAGGAUAUGUUAGUAAAUAAAACCGUUCUAACAGAAUACAAUAAAGUGAAAGAUAAGCUGCAAGUGUUACUCGACUCCCUGUCGUCUUUGGAUGUUGCAGUCAAAGAUAUGUCAAGGAGGCUAUCUGAUUCAAAAAACAAGACCCACCAUCUUAUAACUCAAACAACUAAGCUCAAAGACGAAAGGAAAAAGACGGAAAAGAAACAAGCAUGGGUAGAAGCAUUUGUCAAAGAAUUCCAGUUAUCACCAGAACAAAAUGAGUAUUUAUACAAUGUUUCAGUCAAAACUCCUUUAACACAUGAUUUCUUUGGAACAUUGUCUCAUAUAGAGAAAUUGUAUAGUAACUGUAAAACACUUAUAAAAUGUUGGCAUCAGACCUCUGCAUUUGACAUCAUGGAGACUGUUGGCUUACAACAAGAAGUUGCUAUUGAAAAACUGUAUCAUUGGACCAUUGGAGCUUGCCUCAGUACAGAUUCACCAAACAAUGCUUUGGUGCCUACUGCUUUGGCAAAAUUUCAGAAUAGGCAAGUCCUGUUUUCUAAUAUAAUUGAUGAAUAUAGUUCUGCUCGGAAAGCAACAAUAGUGCAAAUGUUUAUUGAUGCCUUAACUAAGGGUACAGAUGGUUCUAAACCAAUCGAAUUUUAUGCAAAUGAUGCUAAACGGUACAUUGGAGAUAUAUUAACCUGGGUGUACCAAGUAAUACCAAUAGAGAAAGAAAAUCUUGCUACUUUAUUUAAAUUCUGCAAUAUGCCUGAAAAAAAUCAACUUAUCAUAGAUGCUUUGACCAAUAUUAUGGAAGCUCUGUGUCCUCUACUAAAAGUCAGAGCAGAACUGAUAUUGAAGCCUGAUAAAGAUCCUCUUGUCUUGUGGUCCAUAACUAAUUUAAUCAUUUACUACAAAGAUGUAAUACAGGCUGUUAUAGCAAAUGGUCACCUAAUAAAGACAUUUGAAGAACUUUUGAAAAAAAGUGAAGAAGUUUUUGUUAUAACUUUGGAUAGCAAAAUUCAAAAGGAACUUAGCCAUGGAGUUAAAGCUCCACCAGUUGAUUUAAACCCUUCUAUAGUGGUAACAGAUUUGGUCAGUUUCCUUCGUGAUUUGUUGGCCAUUAUGAAUGUGUCCCACAAUAUAAAUACUGCUGACAGAAAAAUGAUAAUAACACACAUAUUAGACCCAUUACUACAUGCAAUAAAUGAAACUGCUUGCCAUUUAAGUUCUACUGACAUGUCAGUAUAUUUAUUGAAUUGUAUCUAUCACAUACAGUGCACCUUAUCACUGUACACAGUAAUGGAUGAAUAUAAUGAAAGGUUACAAGCUCAAUCUGAGGCUCAAAUAGAUACUUUAACUUCUGAGCAAGCCAGUUACCUGGUUGCUAAUUUGAAUUUGGGUCCUAUUUAUACUAUACUCCAAGAAAAAAUAAGUGGCCCUUUAUCAGCAAUACCUGGAAUGGAUACAUCAACAUUAAAAACAUUUCUUAACAAAUUUGAUAUGUUUCUAGUAUCACCAGAUGUAUAUAUGUUGCCUCAGCUGAAUUUACUAUUGAGUCAUACUCACAAGUCAUUAGUUAAAAAACGAGCAUUUGAAGUAAUAUUUGCUAUUUAUACUCAAUUAUAUCAAGCAGUUCAUGAUCCAUUGAACGGAUAUGCUGAACCACAUACUAUUGUUCGCAGAAAACCAGAAGAGGUCAACAAGCUACUUGUGUAA